CUCAGUUGUGAUGUUUUAAACUGAAUCAUCUCAUGUACAUUAAAAUUCUUAGAAAAUUUAUCCAUUAUCCCAACAGGUGAUAGAUGAUUUGUGAGGUUUUGUUUUUUUAUCGGUCAAAAUGAGAUCUUCAAAUCGUGACGUAGAUGUUGGUUGUUCUACUUAUGGAACAGUCAGAUUCGAUCAUAAAAUGAAAGUCGCCGCCACAUUUGAAGACGCGAUAACAGCCACUAGGUUUGGAAAGUUCAACGUGAUCCUGAUCCUGAUCUCCAUACCCGGAAGAUGGUCUAAUUUGUUCGAAACCACGACCAUGUCCUACGUUUUUCCGGCAGCCCAGUGCGAUCUCAAUCUGAGCUUGAGCGAUAAGGGCUUGCUCAACGCCAUCACAUACUUGGGGAUGAUGUCGAGUGCCUUCAUUUGGGGCUAUCUUUGUGAUUCUCUGGGUAGGAAGAAACUGAUGGUAAUAGGAUUUUUCUUGGACACUUGCUUCGUCUUGGUCAGUUCUUUAUCUCAAUCUUUCACUCUCCUAGUGGUGACCAAAUUUCUGGGCGGAUUCAUAAUCAAUGGCCCUUUCGCCGCCCUGACUUGCUACCUAUCGGAAUUCCACAGUUCCAAGUACAGGGCCAGAGUUCAGAUGGUGCUGGGACUAGUAAACAGCUCUGGUUCAAUCUGUUUGCCGUUCAUAGCUGGCUUGAUAUUGCCUGCAGACGUAGAGUACAACGUCUACAACUAUUUGAGAUUACACUCCUGGAACAUAUUUCUGUUGGUGGCAGCCUGCCCAUCGCUGAUAGCUGGCUGUAUAUUUCUGUUUCUGCCUGAGAGCCCUAAAUUCCUCAUGACCAUAGGCAGAAACGACGAAGCCUUGAGCAUAAUGCGUACAGUUUACAAAAUAAACACCGGAAAACCAGGUGAUACAUACCCAAUAAAAAGUCUGAUACUCGAGAGGAAGCAAGAAUUAGCGGAUACCAACGGGGAGUAUAAAAGGGACUCUAAGCAGGCUUUGAAAGAGGGUUGGGGUCAGUUAAAACCACUAUUUAUUCCUCCACUGUUGUCGAAUAUGUUGUUGGUAUGUGGUUUACAAAUGUUAAUUAUGAUGAGUUUGAACACUUUGAGGUUAUGGCUACCCCAGUUGUUUCAAGCUAUAAACGACUACGAAUAUUACAAUAAUGGUACAUCAGCGCCAUUGUGUACGAUGCUGGACGUUAUAAGACCCAAACAGAACUUGACAGCUGUUCCAGAAGAAUGUGUAGUGAAUAAUAACAACGAUCAAGUUUAUACGAAUGUUAUGAUAGUUUCAACUGUUACUCUUAUCGGAUACAUUAUAGCAGGUUCACUCAUCAAUGUUCUAGGAAAGAAAAUAUUAUUAUUCAUACUGUGCACGACUGCUGGUAUCGGUGGAUUCAGUCUGUAUUUCGCUCAAAGUACCGAUGCUACUUUGAUUAUAUCCUCCCUUUAUGUUGCUCUGGGAAGUAUAUGCGUCAAUGUUAUACUCAGCGUGGUCGUCGACUUCUUCCCAACCACUUUAAGGACCAUGACGGUUUCGUUGACCAUGAUGAUUGGCAGAAUGGGCGCCAUGACUGGGAACUUGAUUUUUCCCUAUUUAUUGAAGAAGGGAUGUGCCCCUCCAUUCUUUUCCAUAGGAAUUGGUAUUUUGAGUUGUGCAUUUAUCGGGAUAUUUUUACCAGACACCGACAUGAAAGCACUCCAAUAAUGUGGAUUUCGUAUUGUUUAUCAGUAUUGUUAGAUUGUUGAGAAUAUAUUUUUACUUUUU